AAAAGCUAAUCGGCAACGAAAACUCUCUCUUCUUGUCUGUGACUGUGCCUGGUUUGUUCAUCAACUAAAUUUACUUCUUUCGGUAUGGAAAAAUUGUACAGUUACCUUGCUUUGGUAUUUUCUGUUUUCUUUUUAAUCAAACUUGUAUUCAUUAGAUUUAGCAGGCGAAACUUACCACCAAGUCCGUUGGCUCUUCCGGUCAUUGGUCACCUGCACCUUAUCAAAAAGACGCUACAUCAAACACUAGAAACUUUAUCUUUACAGUAUGGUCCAAUUCUUCACCUUCGAUUUGGUUCUAAGUCUAUACUUGUUGUAUCUUCUCCAUCUGCCGUGGAAGAAUGCUUCACAAAAAACGACAUCAUAUUUGCAAACCGACCUCGGUCUUCGGCCGGGGAUCAUUUCACAUAUAAUUAUACUGCGUUUUCGUGGGCUCCUUAUGGUCAUCUCUGGCGAAGUCUGCGCCGGUUUUCUGUUGUUGAAGUAUUCUCUUCUAAUAGCCUCCAAAAGUCUUCUACCAUUCUUGAAAAAGAAAUUGCUCGCCUUCUUCGCCAAGUGCUUAAACAGUCGAGAAGUGACAAUCAUAAGGUGGAAUUGAGGAUUUUGUUUCAUAUUCUAACAAUUAAUUUAACGAUGAUGAUUGUUACAGGAAAUCCUGGUAUUGAAGAUGAGGCAGCAGACUUGGAGGUUGCAAAGAAAUUUCUUUUAGAAUUUAAGGAGAAGUUCUAUCCGAGUGUGGCAGUGGACAUUUGUGAUUUCUUUCCAAUUUUGCGGCUAAUUGGUUAUAAAGGCCGCGUAGAGAAGAAUUUAUCGAAGGUACAAAAGAGCAGAGAUGAAUACAUGCAGGGUUUGAUAGAUGAAAUUCGUUUAAAGAAAACCAAUUCUUCUUUCCAAAAGAAGACGUCUUUGAUUGAAACUCUCUUGUCUCUCCAAGAAUCAGAACCUGAAUUUUAUACAGACGAUGUCAUCAAAAGCAUCAUGGUGGUAAUGCUUGUUGCCGCGGUAGACACAACAGCCAUCACUUUGGAAUGGGCAAUGUCACUCCUAUUGAAUCAUCCAGAGGCAUUGAAGAAGUUGAGAGCAGAAAUUGACGGCAACGUUGGAGAUGGGCGCAUGCUAAAUGACUUGGAUCUUGUCAAACUUCCAUACCUUCGUUGUGUAAUAAACGAAACACUUAGAUUAUAUCCUCCAGCACCGCUGCUUUUACCCCAUUCAUCGUCUGAAAGCUGCACUGUGGGUGGAUAUAACAUACCACAAGGAACAAUGCUAAUUGUGAAUGCAUGGGCGAUGCAUAGGGAUCCCAAGGUCUGGAUCGAACCCACCAAGUUCAUGCCUGAAAGAUUUGAAUCAAUUUGUGGGGGACGAGAGGGAUUCAAAUAUAUUCCAUUUGGCACGGGGAGGAGAGCUUGUCCAGGUGCUGCUGUGGCUAUUCGUACAGCUUCUAUGGCUUUAGGCUCCCUCAUAAGAUGCUUUGAAUGGGAAAAGGUUGGAAACGAGGUAGACAUGAGUGAACAAUAUGGACUAUCUCUGACCAAGGCUGAGCCAUUGGUGGCUAUGAGUAGUCCACGCCAAAAUAUGAUUGAAAUGCUCUCUCAGCUGUAGAUCUGUUGGAGUAAUAACAGUAUAAGUAUGUAAAUAAGCUAAUAAAUUCCGG